AUGGAGAAGUACGAGCGGAUCCGAGUGGUGGGCAGAGGUGCCUUCGGGAUUGUUCAUCUGUGCUUGCGCAAGGCUGACCAGAAGCUGGUGAUCAUCAAGCAGAUCCCUGUGGAGCAGAUGACCAAGGAAGAGCGGCAGGCAGCCCAGAACGAGUGCCAGGUCCUCAAGCUGCUCAACCAUCCCAACGUCAUUGAGUACUACGAGAACUUCCUGGAGGACAAGGCUCUCAUGAUCGCCAUGGAGUACGCACCAGGCGGAACCCUGGCCGAGUUCAUCCAGAAGCGCUGUAACUCCCUGCUGGAGGAGGACACCAUCCUGCACUUCUUUGUGCAGAUCCUGCUGGCACUGCAGCACGUCCACAGCCACCUCAUCCUGCACCGGGACCUCAAAACCCAAAACAUCCUUCUCGAUAAACACCGCAUGGUCGUCAAGAUCGGCGACUUUGGCAUCUCCAAGAUCCUUAGCAGCAAGAGCAAGGCCUACACGGUGGUGGGUACUCCCUGCUACAUUUCCCCUGAACUGUGUGAGGGCAAGCCCUACAACCAGAAGAGUGACAUCUGGGCCCUGGGCUGUGUCCUAUAUGAGCUGGCCAGCCUCAAGAGGGCCUUCGAGGCUGCGAACCUGCCAGCGCUGGUACUGAAGAUCAUGAGCGGUACCUUCGCGCCCAUCUCUGACCGGUACAGCCCAGAGCUGCGCCAGCUGGUUCUGAGUCUGCUCAGCCUGGAGCCCGCCCAGCGGCCACCGCUCAGCCACAUCAUGGCGCAGCCCCUCUGCAUCCGGGCGCUCCUCAACCUGCACACAGACCUGGGCAGUGUCCGCAUGCGGAGGCCGGUGCAGGCAGAGAAGCCCUUGGCCGCUGGGCCACCCAUGGCCCCGGGCACUACAGGAAGCAGGACCACCAGCGCCCGGUGCAGAGGCGUCCCCCGGGGACCAGCACGGCCGGCCAUCCCGCCGCCGCUGUCGUCGGUGUACACGUGGGGCGGCGGGCUCAGCGCGCCGCUCCGGCUGCCUAUGCUCAACACGGAGGUGGUUCAGGUGGCAGCCGGGCGCACGCAGAAGGCCGGCGUCACUCGCUCCGGGCGCCUCAUCCUUUGGGAGGCCCCGCCCCUUGGCGCUGGAGGUGGCACCCUCCUGCCGGGGGCGGUGGAGCAGCAGCAGCCCCAGUUCGUCUCCCGUUUCCUGGAGGGUCAGUCGGGUGUGACUAUCAAGCACGUGGCCUGUGGGGACCUCUUCACCGCCUGCCUGACUGACCGAGGCAUCAUCAUGACCUUUGGCAGUGGCAGCAACGGGUGCCUAGGCCAUGGAGGCCUCAAUGACAUCAGCCAGCCCACCAUCGUGGAGGCUCUGCUGGGCUAUGAGAUGGUGCAGGUGGCUUGUGGGGCCUCUCAUGUGCUGGCCUUGUCCACUGAGCGAGAACUAUUUGCUUGGGGCCGUGGAGAUGGUGGUCGACUGGGACUAGGCACUAGGGAGUCCCAUAGCUGCCCGCAGCAGGUGCCCACGCCCCUGGGACAGGAAGCCCAGAGGGUCAUAUGUGGCAUUGACUCCUCCAUGAUCCUCACAGUGCCUGGCCGAGCCCUGGCCUGUGGGAGCAACAGGUUCAACAAGCUGGGCCUGGACCACCUCUCCCUAGGGGAGGAGCCUGCCCCACACCAGCAAGUGGAGGAGGCCCUGAACUUCACUCCACUAGGUUCUGCACCCCUGGACCGGGAGCCCUUGCUGAGUGUGGACUUGGGCACUGCUCAUUCAGCUGCUGUAACUGCCUCUGGUGACUGCUACACUUUCGGCAGCAAUCAGCAUGGGCAGCUGGGUACCAACGCUCGCAGGGUCAGCCGGGCACCCUGUCAAGUCCAGGGCCUCCAGGGCAUCAAGAUAGCAAUGGUGGCCUGUGGGGAUGCCUUCACUGUCGCCAUUGGGGCAGAAGGUGAAGUGUACUCCUGGGGCAAAGGGGCCCGAGGUCGCCUGGGAAGGAGAGAUGAGGACGCCGCACUCCCUAGGCCAGUGCAGCUGGAUGAGACCCACCCCUACACGGUGACCUCCGUGUCCUGUUGCCAUGGCAACACUCUCCUGGCUAUCCGCCCGGUCACGGAUGAGCCAGUCCCCCCUUGA